CUCCGUGGUGCUGAAUCCGCUUCUGCAACUGUCUCUUCGAAACCAUGUCCCGCGCAGCUUUCGGCGGGUUUUUCGCCCUCUCCUUCCUAGUGGCGAGAGCAGCGGCCCAAGAUUUCGCCCAGACGCGGUUCAUCUGCACCUCCAUCCCUUUGGACAUGGACCCCAUGUGCUCUGCCCCCAUGCAGAACAGUGGUCCGGUCGAGGAUAUCAAAGGGACUAUUCUUCAGCUCCGGGAGACCAUACUGCAACAGAAGGAGACGAUUAUGAAUCAGAAGGAGACCAUCAGGGAACUGACCGCUAAGCUAAGCAGAUGCGAAAGUCAAAGUGUGUCUGAGCCCUCGCAAUACAACCGAGCCAAUGUUUCCGUUCAGACAAAUAGCUUGAAAGAUCUUCUGCAGAACAAAAUAGACCAUCUAGAGAAACAAGUUCUGUCCAGAGUCAACAGCUUGGAGGAGACCAAAAACGCGGUGCGAAACGACACGACGGAAAACAGGGGCAAGAUUGAGAAUGCUCUGAAUUCUCUCCAUCAGAGGAUCAGUGAUUUGGAGAAAGGACAGAGAAAUUCAAGACCGACAGAUAAAUUCCAGAUCACAUUUCCUUUGAGGACCAACUACAUGUACGCCAAGGUGAAGAAAAGUUUGCCUGAAAUGUACGCCAUGACUGUCUGUAUGUGGCUUAAGUCCAAUGCUUCACCCGGAGUAGGUACCCCGUUCUCCUACGCUGUCCCGGGACAAUCUAACGAGCUGGUUCUCAUCGAGUGGGGGAAUAAUCCGAUGGAGAUUCUUAUUAAUGACAAGGUGGCCAAACUUCCUUUCGUUAUUAAUGAUGGGAAAUGGCAUCACAUCUGUGUCACGUGGUCUACAAGAGACGGCGUUUGGGAAGCCUACCAGGACGGACUGAAAAGGGCGAAUGGAGAAAACCUAGCACCGUGGCAUCCCAUUAAACCAGGUGGAAUCAUGGUUUUGGGCCAAGAACAGGAUACGUUAGGCGGUGGGUUUGAUGCCACACAGGCCUUUGUGGGUGAGAUGUCCCACUUUCACAUGUGGGAUAGGGUCCUAACUCCAGGAGAGGUCUACAGCCUGGCUAACUGCAGCUCCAAGACUUUGGUGGGGAAUGUCAUUGCAUGGACUGAAGCCAAUGUUGACAUCUACGGUGGCGCCACCAAGUGGACAUUUGAAGCGUGCCGCCAGAUUAAUUAAUCCUCCAGUGGGACUAUCUUCUACGGCUCCAAAAUCAAAUUUCUUUUUUCAGGAAUAAAACUUACAAGAAUCUUCUGCAAAAAAAAAGUUACUUAAGUUCGUAAAAAGUAUUUACAAUUUCUUGUCAUGACAACUGGAUCAUGCUUCUCAGGCGUAUUAACGAGGGAGCAUCAAAGGGCUCUCCUCCCGACCUUCACUGACAGCCAACAGUCCUGGGAAAGCCAUAUGCUUUAAGUGUCUGAUGGCGUGUUUACUUGAUGCCAAUUAGCCUGAGUGCCUUUGGCAGGUGCAAAAUGCAACAAGUAGUCUUUUAUCCUUUCCGUUUGCAUAUUCUUAAAAAAAGAAUAAACACACUAUUUGAGAUAAUUGUGUCGUGGGAACAUGUCUUGUUAAAAUAAUAUUGCUAUGACUAUGUGCGCUCUAUUGCAAAUUACACACGUACUGACGAAGGUACGGCUACAAAAAUGCUGAACACAUACUGGUAAACUGAAGGUGUAGAAUAACGCGGGUGCUUUUUUAAAAGGUCCAUUUUAUCACAUCACAGGCUUACGGCAUGGCGAUUUAUCUGUGUUUAUUUUGUAAAUCUGUUCUGAUCGACAGUUAAUCCAACUGGAGACUGAUUGAGAGAAAAAUAAUUGUAACGUUGCGCCCUCUAGUGAAAAAGGAUUAUUUUUUCUAAAAAAGGAAAUUUUGCAAACGUACUAACAUUUUUAUUAAAUUUGAUGCCUGAAUGAGGAUUUUCCCCCAAAUUAUUUAGAAGGUAUAAACUAUUGUUUUUGGCCAGACACUGGCAAGUAAAAUAUUUAUAGAUGUAAAUAUUGUACAAUAUGCGGAAGUUAUAUGUACCAUACACUUUCACAUUCAAACCAAAGUUGUAAAUAUUCUGAAUCAAGAUCCCCAUACCAUCAGUAAAUCUCAUUUCUGGAUAAUAUAAUGAUUAGACACUACAUUAGACAACCAUUUCUUUAAAAAGCGCUAUGUUUUUAUGUCAU